AUGAGUUCUCCGGCAACGGUCAGUCGCCGUAAAGGCAAGAAAAAGGACGACGUCGAUGGCACUCAUAUAUCCAAUGGCGUCGUUCAAGCAGAUGGGAGCGCCGAGCCGAUAUCUGUCGCGAAACCCUCACAAACUGAGCGCUCAACUACAAAAGACGGCCGCGCGAGUGCCAACACCGUGACGACGUCCAAAACGACGUCCAUUCUUCAGAUUUGGGCGCCUACCCUCCUCCUCAUCUUCGGCGGCUGCUGUUCCAACGUGUACACGCUGGAAGCCCUAAUCCAAGCCUCUCCCUCUUCCGGCCCCUUGAUCACGGCAUUUCAGUUUCUGAUGGUAGCUCUAGCCACAGCACCACGCCAUCUGUCAUUUUCUCGCGGCUGGCGGAACCUGUACCUCCGCGAACGCGCGAUUCCUUUACGCCGAUGGAUCGUGUACACGGCAUAUUUUCUGAGCAUCAAUAUCCUGAACAAUAUGGCGUUCAAGUACCAGAUCAGCAUACCUCUGCAUAUCAUCCUCCGGUCAGCGGGGCCCGUGACCACAAUGGCAGUGGGCAGACUGUGGGGCGGCAAGCGGUAUCCCGUGCAAAAAGUCGUGGCUGUGGUCCUGUUGUUUGUGGGUGUGGUUGUGGCAGCCAUCUCGGAUGCCUGGUCAAAGCAGCAGCAGCAGCCUCACUAUAAUGCAAGCAUCUCGGCCGCCGAACUCGAAGUCGAAGCAGCAGAAGAAGCAGAAGCAUAUUUGUCUAGCACUGAAACCUCAACGUCGGGCAUCUCCUCGCAGGCCCCUGGGUUUGCGUUGUUGGUCUCCGCUUUGGUUCUGUCCGCGUGCAUGGGAUUGUACGCUGAUGACAUGUACGCGACGUACGGACGGUCCGGCGACAUCACGGCCGAGACAUUGUUCUACAGCCACGCCAUGUCUCUGCCGUUUUUUGCCAGUCAAGCCAAAUCGCUGAUGCAGGACUUGGCCAGCCUUGCAUCGAUACAUCAAGGGCCUAAUACUAGCAUUGUUGACACUGACCACGGCACCCAAAAAUUUCUAUCAUCUUCGUCAUCUUCAUUUUCCUGGUUGGCCAGUACUACUACUACUACUACUACUCAGGAGAAUCAUUCUACUACUAGUAGCAACACAUGUUCGCCGACAAAUGCAAACUUGGACUUGAGCCUGGCAUGGACGACCAUGACGGGAUUAUUCCUGCCCCUUUUCGGCAACAAAUCCCCCGUCGGGACCGGGGACACCACAACAACGACUUUCUCUUUCCCUUGUAUUGCAAAUCAAAUUCCUCGACCAGUCUUCCUCCUUCUUCUCAACGCCACCACGCAACUCUUGUGCAUUGUCGGCGUGAAUCGUCUUUCUGCUCAAUCUUCUUCUCUGACCGUCAGCAUCGUCUUGAAUAUCCGCAAACUCGCCAGUCUGGUCUUGAGUAUCUGGUUGUUUGGGAAUACUUUGCCAUCGGGCGUUUUGCUGGGCGCCGUUGUCGUCUUUGUUGGGGGUGGUUUGUAUGCUCUACCUACUACCUCCGGAGCCAAAUCCGGGGCCAAAUCCGGGGCCAGAACCGGUGCUGGACUUGGGGAUGGGAGUGACAAGAAGAACCAGAACCAGAACCAUACCCAACAACUCGAACUGGGAGAUAAACAGAAGAAGACAGAAAAGACCAAACAAGGCUGA